CGUGGAUGGGACUUGCCACUCGUUUGACUUGGGAAGGGAGGGGGCACUACCACCACAAGAUCCCAUCGUCCCUUGCACCUUCAUCCACCUCCCAACGCCAACAACGCAACCAAAACAUAAGAGAAGGAAAAAGAGGACAAAAAAUGCCCACUCCACCACCCCAAUCCGAGAUUUACCUGCACCAGCCAUUCAACAGUAUUAACAAAACCCUCCAACCCCACCGAAAAACUUAUGUAAUAUAUUUCGUCACGGGGAAUCCUGGGCUUAUUGAAUACUACCGCACCUUCCUUACACACCUCUACGGCGCGCUACUUUCCGACUCUAGUAGCCAAAACAACGCGAUCCGCUUCCAUGUCUACGGCCGCAGCUUUUCCGGGUUCGAAGUCGACGGCAGCGACGCUGCGGAGGUCGCAAAGCACGCUACUACACCGCCUCCGUAUAGCCUGGACGAGCAAAUCGCGCAUUCGGAAGCCGCGGUUGAGGAAUUGGUCCGUCACGUGCGAGAAGAGAAUGUAGAUGAUGGGGAGCAAGAUGUGAGGGUGAUCUUGAUGGGGCACUCAGUGGGGGCGUAUGUUCUGCUUGAGAUGACGCGGCGGUUGAGGGAGAAGGCGAAGAAGUUGGGGCCUCGUGAAUCUGUAAGAGUUGUGGGUGGUGUCUGUUUGUUCCCAACCGUUACGCACAUUGCGUUAUCAGACAGUGGACGGAAGAGCAGUUGGCUUCUCAACAUACGCCCAUUUGCACGCAUAGCGUCCGUUCUCGCAAAACUACUAACGCUGCCCCUUCCCGUCGCAGCCCUCACCCUUCUCAUUCGAGGCGUGAUGAGAUUCCCCGCAGACGCCGCUCACACAACGGCUUCGUUUGUGAAAAGCGCCAGUGGCGUGCGCCAAGCGCUACACAUGGCGCGGGACGAGAUGCUGCAGAUCACGACGGAUGACUGGGAUGAGGAGAUCUGGGGUACUGCUGAGCAAGGGCAGUACGAGGGAUUGCCAAGCCCUAUUCUGCGGUUUUUGUUCGCCAAGAGUGAUCAUUGGGUUGCGAACGAGACGAGAGACGAACUGAUGAAAGCCCGGGGGGCGGUUUCAGGUAGGGAAGGGGAUGUGGUGGAGGAAUGGAGACCAAUCAUGGAGAUCGACGAGAAGGAGGGCUGGCCGCAUGGGUUUUGUAUAAAACAUAGCAUACCGGUUGCGGACCGCGUGUUUGGGUACGUGAGAGACAUUGUGGAGAUGGAUUCACAGAAGCAUUGA